UUCCUCACCUCACAGCAGUGAACUUGUUAUUUCCAUCUGAGCUCACACCGCCCGCCUCCGCUUUCUGUCUGCAUCUCUCUCUCUCUCUCUGUCUCGAUCUUCAUCUCAGGCAGUCAGCCUGGGCCACAUCUCCCAUGCACUCUCCAGCCUCUGUAAAACCUGCCUGUCUUUUGGAUACAUGGAGACAACCUGAGCCUCUGGGAAUUUGGGGUGAAACAACCGGUUUCGUGAAUUAAAACAACAACAACAACUACAACAAAAACAAGAAAACAACAAAAACAAACAGGUUACCACGCCUAGGACAACUUUGAUUUCCCUCCGACACCUCGGACUACUUAUCCGCCGCAUCUCAGGGUGUAAGAGAUGGAAAACGGGACUUCUGGGUUUUAUGAUAGUGUGGAGGCGCUGUGGGAGACGGUGGAGAACAAACGCUACGACCUGUGUCGAAUCAUCUCCCCAGCAAAGCUCACCCCCUACCUCCGCCAGUGCAAAGUCCUGGAUGAACAGGACGAGGAUGAGAUUCUCAACUCCAUGCUGCUGGUCUCCAAAGCAAACCGCACAAGCCGUCUACUUGACAUACUCAACACUAAAGGAGAGCGGGGUUAUGUGGCGUUUCUGGAGAGUCUAGAGUUUUACUACCCCGACCUGUACAAGCUGGUCACAGGGAAGGAUCCAACACGACGCUUCUCCACCAUCGUAGUGGAGGAGGGUCACGAGGGCCUGACCCAGUUCCUGAUGAAUGAAGUAAUGAAGCUGCAGCAGCAGUCCAAAGUCAAGACCCUGCAGCAGGUUGAGCUCAGCAGGAAGAACUGCACACUGGAGGACGAGCAGAAGAAGCUACGGCUGGCCAAUCAGGAGCUCCAGGCCUUCCAACAGAGAUACAAUAAGUUGAGAGAAGAGAGAAACACCUACAGUGAUGAGCUUCUGAGAGUGAAGGAUGAAAACUACAAACUGGCAAUGAGGUACGCCACGCUGAGUGAGGAGAAGAACAUGGCAGUGAUGAGGAGCCGAGACCUGCAGUUAGAGAUUGAUCAGCUGAAGCACAGGCUGAACAAGGUGGAGGAGGAGUGUAAGAUGGAGAGGAGGCAGAGUCUCAAGCUGAAGAACGACAUCGAGAACCGGCCGAAGAGAGAGCAGAUCUUUGAGCUGGAAAGAGAGAACGAGAUGCUCAAGAUCAAACUGCAGGAGCUACAGUCCAUCAUACAGCCUGGUCCCCUACCUGCAUCAGACAAGACCAUCCUUGACAUUUUGGAGCAUGACAGACAGGAAGCACUAGAAGACAGACAGGACCUGGUCAACCGCCUUUACAACCUGCACGAAGAAGUUAGACAGGCAGAGGAACUACGAGAUAAAUAUCUGGAGGAGAAGGAGGAGCUGGAGCUGAAGUGCUCAACACUGCAGAAGGACUGUGAGAUGUAUCGCAACCGCAUGGACACCAUCACCAUACAGCUAGACGAAGUGGAGAAGGAGCGGGACCAGGCAUUUCGAACCAGAGACGAGGCCCAGCACCAGUUCUCCCAGAGUCUGAUUGACAAAGACAAAUAUCGCAAGCAGAUCAGAGAGCUGGAGGAGAAGAGCGAUGAACUCCAAAUUGAGAUUGUACGGAAAGAGGCCAAGCUGGUCACCCUGGAGUCUCGUCUACGAAGGAUGUCCAAGGACAUUGUUUUAGACCAGCAGAGUCUGCCAAGGGACCUGCCUCCACCCAUCAUCUCUAAGGGGGAGGAGUUUAAACCUGUCUCUGGCCAAUCAGGAUGGUCCAGCGAUGAGUCGCCAGAGGAGAAGGUCUUGUCUGAGGAGCCUCGGCUCAAACGCAGACCUAACCUUAAAGCAGGGAACAGAGUUAAAUCUCCAGUCUGUGUACCCAAAGACAGUCAAGUAAACUCAGAAGCAACUCACCCUGCAGCUCUGUCAGUCAACGGAGGAGAUUUUCUGGAAAUUCAGAUGUCAAAUCCGCGCCUCAACAGCAGCUCCCUCCCUCCCUCCCCCAUCUUCCCGAUGUCCCCUACAUAUCCUCCUUGCUCGGCUCCCCCACUCUCCUCCUCCUGCCCCUUUCCCUCACCACUUCCUUUCACCAUGGUGGAGGCGGGCAGCAGGCCGAAUAUGCUGCGUUACCGUAACGACAGCAUCCUGUCCACACUCCCUGAACCACCUGAAACAGGAUCGCUGUACCGCAGAGAGAGGGAGAAAGAACAUGACUUCCACCCCCGCAGCCUCUUGGACUUUGAUAGUGACAACAUGGAGAUGGAGAUUGUGGACGAAGUGCAGCGUGGUCCUCCUUCUGUCCACUCAUCUUCCUCAUCCCAUCAGUCAGAAGGAAUGGACACUUAUGACCUGGAGCAGGUCAACAAUAUCCUCAGGAAACUCUCUUUGGAGAGGCCGUUCCGUCCGUCUCUGUCCUCCCUCUCUAGGAUCAGCUCUUCCUUGAAGCCGGUGCAGGAGCUGUCGUUGCAAGGGGACAAUCUUUUGAAGGAUAUCACUCUGGUUGGGGGCAAUGACAGCGGGAUUUUCAUUUCAGCUGUCCAGUCAGGUUCCAUCGCAGAGAAGGCAGGGCUACGAGAGGGUCACCACCUCCUUUUGCUUGAGGGUUGCAUACGUGGGGAGAGCCAAAGCAUUUCAUUGGAUACCAGCACUCAGGAAGAAGCCCAUUGGACGCUGCAGCACUGCUCUGGACCAGUCCAGCUGCAUUAUCGAGCCAACUAUGACUCUUACCGUCGUCUUCAGAGGGACCUAGCAGAUGGCACACUGGCUUCUGGCGACUCCUUCUACAUACGGGUCAACCUCAACAUCUCUGGCCAAUCAGACAACUGCUCCUUGAGCGUGCGCUGUGACGAGGUGGUGCACGUCCUAGACACCAGGUACCAGGGACGCUGUGAGUGGCUGUGCGCCCGUGUUGACCCCUACAACGGCUCCGACCAGGUCGAGCGCGGCACCCUACCCAGCAACUCACGGGCCCAGCAGCUGCUUUUGGUAAAGAUUCAGAAGUUAGUCUAUCGAGGGGGGAAAGAAGAAAAUGAAACUCACCGCAACAAUAGGAGCAAUUUACAGCCAGAGGAAUCCAGCCCCUUGCCUGAUCCUAAAGCCAGCCCACGCUUGUCUAGAGCCAGCAUCUUCCUCACUCAGAUACUACAGUUUGUCAGCAGAGUGGAUAUCAAGUACAAGCGAAUGAACAGCAAUGAGCGCGUGAGGAUCAUCAACUCAGGCAGCACAACACUACCAAGACAAGGCUUUGAGACACUUAGACCAGAGGAUGCUGCUGACCAAGAUAAUGAGCUGAGCAGGAGUUUGAACCUGAUUCCCUACAGUCCCGUCACCCCCCAGAAGACCCAGAGGAGAAGACCAGUCCUAUUCACUCCCACUGCUCUGGCCAAAACCAUUAUUCAGAAAAUACUUAACAUGGGGGGAGCCAUGGAUUUUAACAUCUGCAAACCAGACACCCUGACCAAAGAGGAGUUUCAUCUGAAACAGAAUGUGGAGCCCUUUAUUCACUACAAAGAGAAACAUGCCACAUUUGAAUGCAUCACCCGAGAAAACAUAGAGGCUGUCGCUGCCAAGGGGAAACACUGCCUGCUGGAGGCUGAGCUGAGUUGCGUCAAAGACCUACUACGGAGAGAAAUCUACCCGAUCAUCAUCUAUGUCAAGAUCUGCGAGAAAAAUGUCAAGAAGUUACGGAAGCUGCCUCUGCGCGUGGAGUCGGAGGAGGAGUUUGUGAAGUUGUAUCGGGCAAAAGAGAAGGAGCUGGAAGGCAUUCCUUGCCUCUACGCCAGCCUGGAGCCCGAGGCCUGGGCAGGGACGGACGACCUCAUCAGGGUCAUCAAAGACCGAAUACUAGAGGAGCAGAAGAAGACAGUCUGGGUGGAGCAAGACCUCCUGUAGACAAACACACACAGACACACACAAGAGCCUGUACAUGAAAAUAAACAUGUAGCUGAGCACUAUAAAACACACAAAAAAACCCAUGUACAUCAUGCUUUAAUGCAUAUACUGUAUAUUUAUGCUCAGACUCAGUAAUGCACACUCAAAUUAUUGUAGUCUUAAAAUAAAUGCAUUAUAUAUUUUGUAAAUGUGUGCC